AUGAUUCACCGGGAGUCCAGGAUAAUAUUCUCGGUCAAUAUCGCAAGCUCUCCAACAUCAACAAAUAGUUCCUCGAGGAAGUUCCGUGUUCUUUUUGAAAUCGUUCCGCGAGACCCAAACCAGAGGCCUCUCUCUCCGAAGGUCUCGCGGAAUUUCUCUUUUAUCUUUCCUCUUCGCUCGCCUGAUCGAGGUCAUUGCUCUCAAAGCGGACAGUAUGGUCCAAGAUCAGCGCCGUCCCUCUUAUGUUUGUUCACUAAUUCACUGUCACCUGCCAUUUCUCCAGGACGUAUCCUUCCUCCGAGGAUCUCUCACUUCUUAGCCAUCUUCGUCCUUUAUCCUUCUUCCUUAAAUCUGCCUUGCCAAGCCUCCGUUCUGCUGACACGGUCUCAUCUCACCCGGAGUGGAGCCUCUAUGGAGUAA